CAAAUCGAUAUGAAUUGGACAACCAAUGGCUUAUAAACGUUCUCACAGUAAGUAAUCGAACAUACUCAUCGAUACGACUACACAUAUAGCCACAAAUCUUGGAGACCGAUAAAAGAAUAGUACGCUUGAAAUAUAUUGUACAUUAUUACUAAAACAGCUAAACAUGCGUUCUUUCGUGCACAUCGGGAUCUUAGUUUGUUCUUUCGCCUGGACCGUGACAACGAACGCUGCUUUUGCCAAACUAUCAUCCGAGAAGUCCAGCGCUCGGACACCGGUUCAGCGAACCGAUUACGACGGGUUGCCGGACGCCAGGAAAACCGCGGACUCGAAUUACGUGACCGAUUUGCCGGCCGAAUUCGACGCGCGUCAGCACUUUGUCAAAUGCUCGGACGUCAUCGGUGACAUCAAGGACCAAGGGAACUGCGCCUCCAGUUGGGCCGUGGCGGUGGCUUCGAGUUUCACGGACAGACUGUGCAUAAAAACGGACGGAAAGUUCACCAAACACUUGUCCGCUCAGAACCUGAUGUCGUGCGGCGCCGAGCGGUCCACGGGUUGCGGCGGCGGUUCAGCUUUCAAGGCCUGGGAGCACACCAUGACCAAAGGGAUAGUGACCGGCGGCCACUACGGUUCCAACGAGGGCUGCCAACCGUAUCAAAGGAGUACUUGUGAUCAUUUCGGCGUUACCGGCGGAAAAAACUGUUCGAGUGAAAUUCUAAUGGUACAGACGACUUGCGAUGAGAAAUGUUCGAACGAAAACUACGGGAUCGAUUACAAUGAAGAUUUGCAUAAGACUUCCUCCGUUUACAUGACAUCGUGGACGAACGUCAAACAAAUCCAACAGGAGAUUGCCACUUACGGUCCAGUCACGGCGUUCAUGUACGUGUACGAAAACUUUUUGAGUUACAAAAGAGGUGUUUACAAGUCUACCGCGGGCAGAAUGGUGGGCUACCAGUACGUGAAGCUGAUCGGAUGGGGCGUCGACGAAGUGGACGGCGAGUACUGGCUGGCGAUGAACUCGUGGAACAACAGCUGGGGCGAAUGCGGAUUUUUCAAAAUCCUCAGAGGGUACAACCUGUGCUCCAUCGAGCUGCUGGUGAUGGCCGGCACCGUGCAGGACGUUUCUCGGUGAUCCGGAGCCCGUGCAUCGAGUCCUGCGUGCGAUGUGCGAAUCGGGAGGGGACCAAGACUGGGGUACGGGACGAAAAGGAGGGUAAUUUCGAGCAAAUCGAACACGUUGUCAGGACGGUACCGUUAUAUGGAACGUUUAUUCCUAAAACCGCACUCAUUUAAUAGGUUAAAAACACACAAUUUUUAAAAUUGUUGUAUCCGAAAAUCACACACUUUUGAUUUCGACCCCGAAAAGGUUAUACUAACCUAUGUUAGGUAUACUUAAUAAUUUAUAAUUAAUUCAAACAAAAAAAAUGCAUAUACGAGUAUUCUAAAAUAUAAAAAAAUUUAAAAAUGUAAAGUUUGUAACAUUUUUAAAGUUUGAUUGGCUAAAAUCUACCUACAUUUUUCAAAACCUUCAUAUGAUUUCCACCAAUUAAAAAGUUAACAAUAAAAAUAGUGUGCGGUUUAGACCACAAUAAGUUUGGGGUAUUGUUAUCGAUUCGUUGUGUGUUCAAUUCGUCCCAACCACGGCCGGUGUAACAGGCAAAUCAUAACCCCGGAAAAUAUUACCGAGGGGGGAGGGGUAAGAUUUUCCUAGGCAUAUUUUACCCUUGGUACAAUUACCCUAGGUUAUUGUUAUCCCUGAUAUAAUUAUCCUCGGAUAAUUAUACUUUUUCAGGGAGUAAAAUUAUCCUAGGAAAGUUGUACCCCUCGGUAAGAAUUAUUAGGAAUAUUGUACCGCGAAGGGGAUAUGAUUUUUCUCGGAUAUUCUUACCGAGGGAUAACGAUAACCUAGGAUAAAUGUACUAGGGGUAAAAUAUUCCUAAGAAAAUCUUACCCCCUCUCCCAGUAAUAAUUUUCGGGAGUGACUGCGACAUCGGAACGUCUACAUUUUUUGAAAAUUUCUCGGUUUCGAAUGUUUUUUUUCUUUUUCUUUCAUAAACAAUCCGCUCCCAACCACUCCUCGGGUGAUUUGCCCUUGCUAUCGACCACUGUACCAUAAUAUUAAAUAACGAAUUUAUUGUAAAAACGACUGUUGUAAUUAUAGAAAUAUCUUGUAGUAUACGUAUG